AAAGGGAGGGUGAGGGAGGAGAGAGAGAGAGACCUGUAACUGAAGUGAAACACAAACCUGAGCUCUCUGGCAUUUCUCUCCUGUCGGACCGUGAGAGUGAACUGCACCGCCGGAUGUACAAACUUUAUCCUCCUUCAGUGAAAACAUUGCAUGGUUGCAGCCAUGGAGUGCCUCAAAGACUGCUGCAAGAUCUUCAUGAAGAAGAAGGGGAGGGAGCAGGAGACCCAAGUGAUUGCGCUGAAGAUGCCUCCUAACAAGGCAGCGGCAUCGGGAUGGGAGCCAGAGGAAGGGAGAAGGGGGGUCACAGAGGACUACUUCCUGUCCAAGCUGCCGCCGGAUGGCAGAGAGGUGCCGUUUGUCCUGCCGACCUUCAAGGCCUCCUACAUCCAACCCAGAGGCUCCCGCUACCCCAAUUUACCGUCUGGGCCGCAGAGUUCAGCCCGCUGCACGUAUGCAGAGAGGAAAGCGGAGCUGCUGGGCUCCACUCACUUCACCUACAGCCCCGAGUCCAGCCUCCAUCAGGGUCAGCUGGCCGAGUACAUGUCCCCCGGAUCGCCCCGCCGAGACACACUGAAGAACAGAGACUCCGGUCCCCAGAGUCCAGGUUGGACUCUGAAGCCGGUUGUCGAGCAGCGACUGAGCAGCUCCAUGUUUGAUCUGUCCAGCCCUCAGAUUCACAUGCAGCGCUUCGACUCCGUCUCCAGCGUCCUCAGCAGCACAUCCUCCGUGAUUGGCUCCAUUGAAAGCAGCCUGGACUCCAUCACCCUGUCUGGGGACGAGCGCGAGUUGGGGAAGGUGUGCGUCCGAGUGAACUACCAGGAGGCUCUGGAGCAGGUGUGGAUCACUGUGGUUCAGUGUUCAGACCUCAACGUUUUUCCGGAUGGAGUGGAACAACAAAAGAUUGGAUUUAAAGGGAUCAUCACCAUCCCCAAACCGAUACAGUUCAAGAGCUCGGUCAAGGAGUACCGACAGGAUGUGUCCUUCAUGGAGACCUUUGUGUUUGCGUUGCGUCUCCAGCAGUUGCGCUGCAGUGCUUUGGUGCUGCGGCUGCAGACGCACAACCCCAAGAAACGCACGGUGGCCGAGUGCGUCCUCUCCCUACGACAGCUCGGUCCUCAGGAGACGGAGCACUGGCUCGAGCUCAACCCUCUGUCCAAAUCCUCCGUGUGCCACUCUGAGCUGCAUCUCGCCACCUGCUUUCAGCCAGUCAACGGACGCAUCCAGCUCCAGGUCCUCGCCGCCCAAAACCUCCCAGUUUCCUCCUCACCACUCACACAAGCGUUCUUUGUCAAAGUGGAGAUGCACCAGUUGGGCCGUGUGGUGAUGAAGAAGAAGACUCGCUUCCUGAAGGCCUCGGGGGGGCAGUGUAAGUGGGCGGAGACUUUUCACUUCCUCCUGGCCGCGUUAGACAACGCCUGCUCGCUGUCAGUCAAACUCUACAGCCGGAGCUCGGUCAGGAGGAAACAGUGUCUUGGACAGGUUCAGCUGGGAUUCGACAGCCCCGUCCCAGAAGUAGUGGAGCAGUGGAAGGACACGAUGGCUAACCCAGAGAAAGUGGUGUCUGCGUGGCACCGGCUGAGCUCCGCCUAAACCUCUUCUCCCAACGUCUUCUUCACUACUACACUACAGAUGUGACGCUCUCGCGCUGCAGGUCCAGCUGUGCCCGCUUGCUUUGGCCACAGUCUUGUAGGCUAGCUGAGUGGACUCUGACGGACCGGACUGUAAAUUACUGAACGUGCUCUGAAAGCUCUGAGAGACCAGACUUUCCGCUGUUCAGGUGCUCGGAUGUAAAUAGGGGUUUCGAACAAAGUGUAAUUGCUGGAAAAGUUUUUUUUUUUUGGUGGUUCUUGUGUAGACAAAAUUGAAGUUUAUUUUUUCUAAAAAAAAAUAAAAAAGUAGAGGAUUUGCCUAACUGACAAUAAAGUCAGCUGCAUGGCAUUUAGCUGUAAAUAAUGCUGUAUUUUGUAACUCACAUGUGUUUUUAGGGAAAACCUUGUCACUCUGUUUCAGCUGGAUAGAAAGUUUACAAGCAGAGAAAGUCACCAUAAAGCCAAACUCACUGUAUUAAAAACAUCAUGUUAUCAGUCUGUUAUUAAGAUCCGUCUUAAAGGAUAAGGCUGGCGAUAUUCUGUAUUUUUACUUAUUUUUCGAUAGAAAAAUGGAGAGAGGUCUUCAGGAUUUAAUUGUUCUUUAAUAUAAUUUAGUAUUGGCCAUGUUUCAUGUUGACCGGAGACGAAGACAAACAUUCGCCAAUAUGGGAAUAUCCCAAGCCCCGAGGAAGAGCGCCGGGCUUUGAAGCAAGUUAUUGUAGUGGCCAAACCAUUGAAUUACACUGGAAGUGUAAUUCAAUAGUUUACAUGAUGCCAUUGCCCAAAAAGACUUGUUAAUAGAAUCAAUUCACUGUUGGUUUCGGUCUUUUCAUGGUAUUUGUUGACAAUAACCCCGGCAGGGUGAUGCUUGCAUCGCGUUGAAGGGGUUUAUUUCACAACAAUGACCGGCUAGCUGUACAUUAUCCCGCUUAUUACACAGCUACUUACUUAAGAAAUCAAUAAUUUGACACAAAAACGGUCAUCCAGAGUCCGACAUCAGAACUGCGCCCAUAGCAACGGUCUCUUAUAAAAACAAUAACAGACCGUUGAAUGCCGUGAUUGACCAAUCAGAAUCGAGUAUUCAACAAAGCCGUGUAAUAAGAGAAAUAUAAAUAUCACUCGACUUAUCCUUUAAUUACCUAAAAGGUGAGCUUAAAGGUUUUCCCUUACCCUAGUUUAACUAUAUAGGAUAUCAUGUUACUGUACAAUACAGCAGUAUCAAACCUUAGCUGUACGCUUUUGAUAAAAGCACUUUAAUCUUUUUUUUAUGUAUUUAAUGUAUUAACGUUUAGUGAUUAAAAGUAGGUGUCGUUUGGAAAAGUUGUGUGUUUAUUGAUAGAAAGUAGUGAAGGGAGCUCUCAUGGAAAUCAUAAGCCUAUAGGUGACAUUUCAUUCAGAACAAUCUGAAAUAAGACGAGGAGGAAAGUUUAUAAGAUAAUUCUGGGAUGUUAUGUGAAUGAUGGGAAGUCACAUGGAAGGAAAACAGGCCGAGGUUUUCAGUAAGUACAUUACUCUUAUGAAAUAGGUCAACAACCAUAAACCACAGUGUCACUUUAUAUUGAAGAGGCCACUGGUUGAGAAAUCUCAAGGCAAACAGCUAGAGAAUUUGUCACGCUUGAACAUCCUGUUUUUCCAAUUUCACCUUUUAUUAUGAAGGUAAUUUAAUGUCACUACUGUUCGUGGGCAAUCUCAAUCUCAUCCUCAACAUUUGAGUAUAGAAAAGGACAUUUGUGGGAAAAAAAAUCAAAUCACUUUCCUUUCAGCUGCAGCACUUUCAAGUUUCAUUUCAAUUAAAUGUCAACGUGGUGAAAAUUGCACUUAAAAAACAAUUUCCUGCAAAGAAAAACAAACCUUACUAGUCGUUAUUAGAGGGAAUGUGUGAAAGUUUGGGGGUUUGUAACCAUCUUUACUAUUCAAAUAAUCAUUCUGAACACAAAGUAACAUUUUUAACAGGCACUAUUUGGGAAUAAAACCCUCAGGUUUAUCUUCCCAGGAGGGAA